AUGGCCGACGAGAUCACGGCUGCCGCGCCGCGCCAACUAGAUACAGGCCAGACCUCAUCAAAACACCCAUUCAGCAAGCAAUUCGCCCGGCAGCUGGAAGACAACGAAAAGGAAUUGGACCUUCGCGAUGAUGCUGUCAUCGAGAACAACAGAUUCGCGUUCACGCCGACCCAACUCCACAAGCUCAUCACUGCGCGCAACCUAGCAGCACUCCGACGCUUCGGUGGUCUUCCCGGCCUUGCAGCUGGCUUGCGAACAGAUGUUGCCGCUGGACUUAGUGUAGAUGAGACAAGCCUCGAGGGCACGAUAUCAUUUGAGGAGGCUGUCGCUGCAGGAGAGGCAAAGCGGGCUGCCACAAUCACACCUCUACCUUCAUCGACACAACACAAGCACGGUAUCAAGUUGGACCUAGACCUGAUACAACAUGAAGCCCAGGGAUAUACCGACCGGAGGCGCAUCUAUGGCGAAAACAGACUCCCAAAACGAAAACAAAAGUCAUUUCUGAGGCUAGCAUGGAUCGCGUUCAACGACAAGCUCAUGUUCCUCCUCACGAUCUCCGCCACGAUAUCUUUGGCGCUUGGUAUCUACGAAACAGUUGACGCAUCCGAUGACGAGCCGAAUAUCCAAUGGGUGGAUGGUGUCACCGUGGUGGUGGCUAUUUUGGUCAUUGUUUUCGCCAGUGCUGCCACGGACUGGCAAAAGAACGCCAGGUUCGCUAAGCUCAACGAGAGGAAAGAGCAAAGAGAUGUCAAGGUUAUACGGUCCGGCAAGACACAGAACAUCUCCGUUUACGACGUGCAGGUUGGAGAAAUCAUGCACAUUGAGACUGGAGAUGUCGUUGCCGUCGAUGGAGUGCUGGUUCAGGGCUCCGGCAUUCAGGUCGAUGAGUCCUCACUCUCGGGCGAAUCUGAACUUGUACACAAGAACGUGCCUAGCGAAAGCGAUGUCCACAACCAAAAGGCCCACAGAUCUUCGGCGACUGACCCAUUCAUUCUCAGCGGGACGACGGUAUCUGGCGGUGUUGGUGCGUACUUGGUGACAUCGGUAGGAACCAACUCGACAUAUGGCAGAACUUUGAUGUCGUUGAGAGAGGAUGUCGAGGAAACCCCCCUGCAGCAGAAACUCGGAAAGUUGGCAAAGCAGCUCAUCGCGUUUGGUGCGAUUGCCGGUAUCAUCUUCUUCCUCAUCCUCUUCAUUCGUUUCCUCGUCGGGCUCCCGACCAUGGGAGGAACCGCCUCUGAAAAGGCCGAGACAAUUUUCAAACUUCUCAUCCUAGCCGUCACUGUUGUCGUGAUCACCGUGCCCGAAGGCCUAGCUCUAGCAGUUACCCUUGCUCUCGCUUUUGCCACGACCAGAAUGCUCAAGGACAAGAACCUCGUCCGCCUCAUCCGUUCCUGUGAAAUCAUGGGUAAUGCCACAUGCAUCUGCUCAGAUAAGACGGGAACAUUGACACAGAACAGCAUGACAGUCGGCGCUGGCAGGAUCGGACUCCAUGAGCGCUUCGGUGAUGCGCCGAGAGAAAUCAGCAAUGAUGAUGUGAAGAAGGACCAGAGCACCGACGACGCCUCAGACCAGGAACACCCAAAAGCUUUGCUGGAAUCCUUGAGCAGCGAUGUGAGAGCACUGACGAAGAACAGCAUCGCUCUGAACACCACUUCAUUCGAGAGCGAUAAUCCGAAAGAUGCCGGCUUCGUGGGGACGAGCACCGAGACUGCUCUCCUGAGAUUCAGCCGCGAGUUCUUUGCCAUGGGGCCACUUGGCGAAGAGAGGGCAAACAACGAGAUUGUCGACAUGUUUCCUUUUGACGCGUCACGAAAGUGGAUGGCGGUUAUGUCAAAGCUGCCCGAUGGAAAACAUCGACUCCUCGUCAAGGGCGCAGCCGAGGUCGUCUUUGACCAGUGCAUAAACGUCCUCAAGAAACCGAAGGUUGGUCUUGCCGUUCAGCCGAUUGCGACCGAGAUACGAGAAGACCUGCGAUCGACGAUCCGCGAGUAUGCCAAGCAAAUGCUUCGACCGAUUGUCAUCGCCUACAAGGAAGUCGAUGCACCAUUCGAGAACCCAGACGAUCCCGAUUCUAUCAACUUCGAGAAGCACUUUGCCGACAUGACAUUUAUCGGUGUCUUUGGAAUCCGCGACCCCCUUCGCCCGGAGGUUCUCGAUUCCGUGCGUCAGUGUCAGGAGGCCGGUGUUUUUGUGCGUAUGGUCACUGGAGACAAUUUUCUGACGGCAAAGGCCAUCGCAUCAGAGUGCGGCAUCUAUUCAGCCGGCGGCUUGGCAAUGGAUGGGCCGACGUUCCGGAAGCUGACCCCCGCUCAGCUGGAUCUGGUCAUUCCGCGGCUCCAGGUGCUGGCGAGAUCUAGCCCGGAAGAUAAGCUCCUGCUCGUAACCCAUCUGAAAGGAAUGGGAGAGACAGUUGCUGUGACUGGCGAUGGCACUAAUGACGCGUUGGCUCUCAAGGCCGCGGAUGUAGGCUUUGCCAUGGGAAUCCAAGGAACCGAAGUCGCUAAAGAAGCUGCGUCUAUCAUUUUGCUUGAUGAUAACUUUGCAUCGAUCGUUAAGGCUUUAGUAUGGGGUCGCACGGUGAAUACAGCUGUGAAGAAGUUCCUCCAAUUCCAAUUCACAAUCAACAUCACCGCCGGAACUCUGACUGUUGUCUCCGAAUUGGCAGGAGACUCCAUCUUCACCGUCGUUCAACUACUCUUCAUCAACCUUAUCAUGGACAUCUUCGCCUCGCUGGGUCUGGCAACCGAUUAUCCCUCACCAGACUUCCUCAAACGGAGGCCAGAGCCACGCACAGCACCCAUCGUAAACAUCACAAUGUGGAAGAUGAUCCUGGGCCAGGCAAUCUACCAGCUGGCUGUCAUGUUCACCCUCCACUACGCGGGAGACCAACUCUUCCAUCCCACCACAACCGCAGAGCGGGAGGCACUGCAGACAAUGAUCUUUAACAUCUACGUCUGGAUGCAGUUCUUUAACCAGCACAACUGCCGUCGUGUCGAUAACAAGCUCAACAUCUGGUACCAGGGCGUCCUCCGCAACCCCUGGUUCAUUGGGGUGCAGUGCGCCACUCUGGCCGGGCAAAUGAUCAUCAUAUGGAAGGGUGGUCAGGCUUUCGACACCCGCCCUCUCAAUGGUGCGCAAUGGGGAUGGUCGAUGCUGUUUGGCGUCCUUGUGAUUCCACUGGGUGCUUUGAUACGGCAAAUUCCCGAUGAGUACGUGUACGGCUUCUUCCAGGCAGUCAAGCGAGGCUUCCUCAGCACGAUUCACUUGCUCUCCAAAAUACUCCCGUCCAAGUGGCGGAAGAAGGCUGAGGAGGAAGUCGAGGACAUGGGGGCGGCGCAGAGCUGGGUCCUACAGACAGGCGCAGCCCUCUUACGGCCAAUGAACUAUGAAUGGGGCAGCUCAACGCCGCCGCCGGGAUCGAAGCUUGUGGGAAGGGUGUCGAGCAUACCUGCUGCACAGAGAGAGGCUUUGAUUCGUGCUGCGAAGGCGGGCACCGGAGACAAUGAGAUUGAUGUGCCUGCGCUGGUCGAUGCGGCACGUUGCGCCAAGGUAGAGUUGUCCUAUGGCCUUGAGGUCCAUCCAGAGACUUUGGUGGAGGACCCUAUCUUGUUGACUUCCAUCGGCGUUGAUGGGAAGAAGUGUCCGCCGAGCCAGGACCCUGAAAUUUUGCGAUAUUUGCAACAACCAUCAUGA